AUGGCUAGAGAGUUUGAAAUUAAAGACCUCGGGAAGCUAAGAUACUUUCUGGGAAUGGAAGUGGCUCGCUCAAAAGAAGGUAUAUCAGUUUCUCAACGAAAAUAUACACUGGACUUGCUAAAGGAAACAGGUAUGACUGGGUGUAAACCUGUUGACACGCCAGUAGAAUACAAUACGAAAAUCGAUGAUAAGAAUGAAGGAAUUCCUGUUAAUAAAGAAAGGUAUCAGUGGUUAGUUGGGAAGUUGAUAUACUUGUCUCACACAAGACCAGAUAUUUCUUAUGCAGUAAGUAUUGUAAGUCAGUUCAUGCAAGCUCCUUGUGAGGAUCAUAUGAUAGCAGUUGAACGUAUUUUUCGGUAUCUGAAAGGAACUCCUGGUAAAGGCCUAAUGUUCAGGAAAACCGAUAAACGAUCUGUUGAAGCUUACACUGAUUCUGACUGGGCAGGGUCUGUUAUUGAUAGAAGAUCCAUGUCUGGAUAUUGUACGUUUGUCUGGGGAAAUCUAGUCACCUGGAGAAGUAAAAAACAAGGAGUUGUUGCUAGAAGUAGUGCUGAGGCAUAG